AUGGCUGAAGGUUGCUCUGAGACUUGUUCACCAAACAUCAGACUUCUCUACGAUCCAAGAUUUCUGUUAGAAGGUCCAUAUCAAUGCAAAGAAGAGAAAAGUUGUCAAACAUUGUCAGACAAAACUUCAAGUACAACAAACUCAUGUCUUCAUUAUUUUGUGUAUCGACGUUGUUGCAACAGGAGACAAUGCAGCCAAGAACUUUUAGACAAUAUCCCACCAAUAACUAUCAAAGAUCUGAAAGAAUGUGGUAUCCUGACAGAAAUGGGUUAUCAAGGAAGUUCAGAACAGGAUGACCAAACGGCAAUUACUGAUCAAGAAGUUUCAGAGCCGCCUACAAAACGAAGUAAAUAUGAUUACUCCCAUUGUUUAGAGGACGAUGACAUUCUAAGAGCAGAAGUUAUUGUACCUAGAAGAAGUUGUAAUAGUGAAGAUGACACUGAACAGUUCAGAUCUGAUUUGAUAUCAUUACUAGACGAUUCAGGAAUCCAUGGUUCUAUACAAGAUCUGUGUCCUUAUAAUGACAUGGAUGAAUGCCCCUAUCAAGACGAUUGUUUAUUUGUUCAUGGCGACCUGUGCAACGUGUGUAGAAUGCCCAGACUUCAUCCAUUAGAUUUGAACAGGAGAAUACAACAUGCGACAGAUUGUUUGGCACUACACGAGAAACAAAGCCUGGGAAAAGAAUGCGGCAUUUGUCAAGAAUUGAUCUUUGAAGAGGAUUCCCUGUUUGGGCUUCUCCAGAACUGCAAACACAGCUUCUGUCUGGACUGUUUGAAUCAAUGGCAGUUGCUGGGUCCUAAUGAAACAAGGCUGUAA